UUUAAAAACAAGCCUUAGCGGAGAGGCAGAGACACUUUUAAGAAGUAUAUCAGUAACUAACAGUAAUUACACAUUAGCAUGGGAGACACUCAAGAAGCGGUAUAACAACAAAAGGUACAUUUCUAAUUGUAUUUUCAAGAAACUAUUUAGCUUAAGGCCCUUAAGUGUGGAGUCGGAACAAAGCAUAAAACAACUUUUAGAUGUAACUUCAGAAUGCAUCAGUUCUUUAAGAAACUUAGGGCUACCAACACAAUCUUGGGAUGCUAUCAUAGUGUACCUCACCGUCUCCAAGCUAGAUUCUGAGAGCCACAGGCUGUGGGAACAAAACAUCUGCGACUUUAAUGAAUUUCCAACUUUAGAGAAUUUGUUUAACUUUUUAGAAAAAAGAUUUAGAUCAUUAGAGAUGAUUGAAUACAAGAGUAAACCAGUAAAAUCAAAAUCCUUUCAUUCUUCAAAGGUGGAUGAAGAGAAAAUAUUAAGUUGUUCAUUUUGUAAGGAUAAUCACUACAUAUACCAAUGUAAGGAUUUUGCAAAACAGGAUUACAAGGACAAACAGACAUUUGUUCAAAACAACAAACUUUGCUAUAAUUGUCUUAUACCAAAUCACUCAGUUUUCCAAUGUAAGAGAAACACAAGGUGUAGGGUUUGCCAGAAGAAACAUCAUUCAUUAUUACAUCCAGAAAAAAGAGAUUUUAGUGAAACUCCACAGACGUUAGGGCAUGAAGUAAAACAAGCAGACGAACACAAGUCGGUAUCACAUCAUUCAUACAACCCUGGCCAAGUACUAUUGGCAACGGCUCUAGUAGACAUUCCCGCAAGGAAUGGGCAGAUACAAACCUAUAGGGCUCUACUAGACCAGGGGUCGCAAAGUUCAUUUGUGACAGAGGAUUUUGUUCAAACUACAGGUUUGAGGCGACAAAAAAAUAACUGCAAAUUCCACCUUAGUGAAGGUAAAACAAUAAGUUCUAGAUAUACAGUGGAAUUUGAAUUGAAGUCAAGAUACCGGUCAAACUUUACUUUAUGGAUACAAGCAUAUGUAAUAAGUCAUAUAACAACAUACUUACCUCAAAAACACAUCAACUCGUUGGACUGGCCAGAGAUAGAAUCAAUAACUCUAGCAGAUCCUAAUUUCAGAAUACCAGGAAAGGUUGAUAUGCUGUUAGGGGCCAGUGUUACCAGCAAGAUUAUGGAGGAAGGUUUGUUAAGGAGCCCGGUUGGUACUUUAGCGCAGAAAACACAACUGGGAUGGAUUAUUUCAGGAGAUACAAACACAACUAUAGAAAACAACAGAAUUAUAAGUAUGCAUUCUUGUGUAUGUGAAAACAACAUGCUUAAAAGGUUCUGGGAAAUAGAAAAUGAAUUUCUUACAACAGAGAGGAAGAAGACAAAGGAGGAAGAACAAUGUGAAGACAUUUAUAAAACAACCACAACCAGGAUGGAGUCUGGAAGAUACAAGGUUAACUUACCUUUUAAAGAGGAUAUCCAAACUCCUGUAGAAAAAUGUGGCAAAACAAAGGAAAUUGCUACGGCAAGAUUUCUUAAGUUAGAAAAAAGAUUUAAAUAUGAUACAAAGUUAAAGGAAGCAUACAAAAAUGUUAUAAAUGAAUAUCAAGAACUAGGACAUAUGGCUUUAGCCAACGAAGACAGCGACAAUGCCAUAUAUUUACCGCAUCAUCCGGUGAUUCGAGAAGACAAGGACACUACCAAGGUCAGGGUAGUUUUUGAUGCAUCAUGCAAGGGCACUGGAGGUUCAUCACUAAAUGACACUCUACUCAUAGGACCUGCAUUGCAAAGCGACCUUAGAGUUCUACUAAUGAAGUGGAGAAAACAUAGAAUUGUAUUGGUCGCUGACAUAGUCAAGAUGUAUCGACAAGUGCUGAUAGCUGAUGAGCAUGCCGAAUAUCAACGCAUUAUAUGGAGAGAUAACCCGGAGGAAAACUGCCAAUCAUAUAAACUACUAACGGUCACCUUUGGAACCGCAUCAGCUCCAUACCUGGCAGUACGCACAUUAUUACAACUAGCUGAAGAUGAAAAACACAAGUUUCCCAUGGCCGCAGAAAUAGUAAAGGAAUCAUUUUAUAUGGAUGACCUAAUGUUUGGCUGUUCAAGCACUUCUGAAGCCUUAGAAGCUUAUAAACAACUCACUCAACUUCUUAAGAGUGGAGGUUUUGAAUUACAAAAAUGGUCUUGUAACCAAGAGGAAGUCUUAGACAUUAUAGCAGAAAGCAAAUCUCAACACCAUGGAUUUGAAAUCAAGUUUGAUCAAAUCAUCAAAAUUCUUGGACUAUCAUGGGAUAGACAUGAUGACAAAUUUAAGUUUACUGUAAACUUACCAGAAAUUCCAUCAGAAAUUACUAAACGCACUAUUCUAUCAGACGUAGCUCGUCUCUUUGAUCCAUUUGGAUGGUUAGCACCAACCAUAAUACUUGCCAAGAUACUAAUACAGAAACUUUGGUUAUGUAGUGCAGAUUGGGAUGAGCAGUUGCCGCAAGAUUUAAUAGAUGAGUGGUUAACUUACCGUAAACAGCUUCAACAACUGCAAGACAUCAAGAUUGACCGGUGGCUACACAUACAACCUGACUGUUCACUUGUACAACUGCAUGGAUUCGCAGAUGCAUCUACUGCUGCCUACUCAGCGGUUUUGUAUAUCAGGGUAGUUAAGGAAGAUGGUGUGACUGUAACACUUCUGGAAAGCAAGACUAAGGUGGCACCACUUAAACAAGUGUCAGUGGCUCGGCUGGAGUUGUGUGCUGCGGUAUUGGUAGCAAGGAUGCUUUCGGAAGCCAAAGAAGUCCUGAAUAUACCUAAAAACAAUGUAUAUGCAUACACAGAUUCAAUGGUGGUGUUAGCUUGGAUCCAGUCACCACCAGUUCGGUGGCAAACAUUUGUUGCUAACAGAGUUGCAGAAAUACAAGGAAGAUUAGACAAUGAUAGAUGGUGUCAUGUAAAGUCAGAAAAUAAUCCUGCAGAUUUGGCUUCAAGGGGAGUGCCUCCUUGUGAAUUAAGAAACAAAACAUUGUGGUGGUUUGGCCCACAAUGGCUAAGUAACAGUGAAAUUGAGCAACGCAAACCUCACAUUCUUAAGACGGAAUUAGAACAAAGAAAACAAACAAUUAAGGUAUUUAAUUGCAAUGUAGAGGACAACAUUCUGAAGAGAUUUUCAACAUUUAAUAGAAUGAUUCGAGUACUAACUUACUGUAGGAGAUUUAUUAAUUGGAAAAGAAACAAAAACAAUAAUAAACAAUUCACCAGUUACUUGUCCGCUGCAGAAUUACAAGAAACAUUAUUCCAGCUCAUCAAGGUUGAACAAGAAAAUCAAUUUAACGAAGAAAUUAGUGACAUCAUAAACAAAGGACAAGUUAAGAAAAGAAGCAGCUUAAGAAAGUUGUCACCCUACAUUGAACAAAAUCUUUUGAGAGUUGGUGGACGUCUACAAGGUGCCAAAGUACCUCAAGAAAUUAAACAUCCUAUAAUUUUACCCAAGAACUCACAUUUAACACACUUACUUAUAAGAGAUGCACAUUUGAAACUGCUUCAUGGAGGUAAUCUACUCACCACCAAUUACAUAAGGUCCAGAUAUUGGGUUAUAGGUUUAAAAUCUCUUGUCAAGAAAUGUAUACACCAGUGUGUCACUUGUGUGAGACAUAAUGCCAGUACCAAACAACCCAUUAUGGGAAAUUUACCAGCUCAACGUGUCCAUCCUGGAAGACCAUUUGAGAUAAGCGGGGUAGAUUAUGCUGGACCUAUCCAAAUUAGAACUUCUAGAAGAUUUGUGGCCAGACGAGGUCAUUGUGCUCAUCUAUGGAGUGACAAUGGCACUAACUUUGUGGGUGCGGCUAAGGAGUUAGAAUUUCUAUUCAAGACGACUUCAGGUGGGUUACAACCCCAGAUAGCUGAAAUGAUAGCCAACGAUGGAACUACGUGGCACUUCAUACCGCCAAGAGCACCCAACUUUGGAGGCUUAUGGGAAGCAGGUAUCAAAUCUGUUAAGACCCAUUUAUUGAGAGUAUUAGGGAAUACAACGCUAACAUUUGAAGAAAUGAUUACCUUGCUAGCCCAGAUAGAAGCCUGUCUUAAUUCUCGUCCCAUAUGCGAAUUGAACGAUGAUCCCAACGAUGUGGCCGCACUUACCCCAUCACACUUUUUAAUAGGGGAGCCCUUGGUGGCUGUACCACAGAAACAAGAAAAUACAUUUAAUGUCACGCCACAGGAGCGUUGGAAAUUGGUUAGAAAAAUUACUGCUCAUUUUUGGCAAAGGUGGAGCGUGGAAUACUUGCAUCAUUUGCAACAACGACAUAAAUGGAACUCAAAAUCAAAGGCUCCAGAGAUAGGUGACAUUGUUCUUAUAAAGGAACCUUCUCUUCCUCCUACUAAAUGGCUUAUGGCACAAAUUAUAGACACACAUCCAGGUCAAGAUGGAGAAGUGCGAGUGGUAAGCCUGCGAACCAAGUCAGGCUUACUGAAGCGGCCAGUUUCGAAACUGGUUGCUUUACCUUCUUCACAUUAACAACUACGGUGGGCGGCGACAGGAAGAACGGAGUUCUUGGUGGGCGGGAUGUUCACCUAAAUUGCCACGAGAUGGCGUUAUUACAAAUUUUCUUGUCGCCAACCAACGAAGCGGUCGCGGCCGCUUUAAAAACUGUCAACGAGUCUGCAAAACACCUAACGUCGUGCCGUGAGUUUAUUUUCAAUUUUAAUUAACUUUACUCAAUUUAU